AUGGCCACCAGGCGUUUGAGGGCAUUUAAGCGGUGGAUGAAAUCCAAUGGAUUUGAAUGGAGCAACGCAUUGGAGUUUGUGGACACCCUUGAACAAGGAAUAUCCGUUAAAGCAUUGUGUCAAAUGAAUGAAGGUGAUGUGGUUGCGAAAAUGCCAAAGCAAGCUUGUCUUACCAUCAAUACUAGUGGUGCAUGUGACAUCAUUGAAAAUGCUUGUUUGGGUGGUUAUUUGGGUCUUGCUGUUGCUAUCAUGUAUGAGAGAAGUUUGGGUGAGGAUUCUCCUUGGGCUGGUUACCUUCAGCUUUUGCCUCAACAAGAAUCUUUGCCUUUGGUUUGGACUCUUGAUGAAGUAAGCUGCCUUUUGUGUGGUACUGAGCUUCAACAGACAGUGCAAGAAGACAAAGCUCUUGUGUAUGAGGACUGGAAAGAGAAUAUUCUACCCUUGUUGGAUUCAGAACCUUCAAGGCUUAACCCGACAUUCUUUGGUGUGGAACAGUACUUUGCAGCCAAAAGUCUUAUUUCUUCUAGAUCUUUUGAGAUAGAUGAUUACCAUGGCUUUGGCAUGGUCCCCCUAGCAGACUUAUUCAAUCAUAAAACGGGUGCAGAAGAUGUGCAUUUCACGGCUUUGUCUUCUAAUGAUGAAUCUGACGACGAUGCUGACGAAGGAAUUGUUGAUGAAGAAGCAUUAGCUGAAAAUUCAUCUAUGGAUAAGACUGAGAAGGGUGUUAGUAACACGGAGUAUUCGGUUACUGAGGAUGAUACUUCAAUGCUGGAGAUGGUUAUGAUAAAAGAUGUUAGCAGUGGAGCUGAGGUAUUUAAUACUUACGGCUUAUUGGGUAAUGCUGCUUUACUACAUAGAUAUGGAUUUACCGAGCAAGAUAAUGCCUAUGAUAUUGUAAACAUUGAUAUGGAGCUGGUACUUCAAUGGUGUUCUUCUCUAUUCUCUGACCGCCACAGCAGAUCAAGCAUCUCUCUUUGGAGAAGGUUAGGCUAUUCCGGUGACAGCGAAAACUCAGAAUAUUUUGAGGUAUCAUUUGAUGGAGAACCACAGAUUGAACUCAUCAUUUUAUUACACAUCAUGUUUUUACCAGUCGAUGUCUACCAUAAAUUAGACUUAUCAGUAGCAGUUGCUGGAAAUCGUCACGAAUCAAGUGAAAAAACCACUUUUUUGAAUGGUAAUAUUUUUCCACAUAGUAAUGGGACUAAUAUGAGCAAGAAACCAUUGAUGACAAAAGAAAUUUGCACGGCUUUGUUGUCACUGGCUGAUAUAAGGGAGAGUCUCUAUGGUUUGAAAUCAAUGGAAGACGAUAUUGAGGCAUUGGAAAGGUGUAGUUUUGUCGGAGAUAGAAAGCUGUAUCAUUCUUUGGUUCUGCGUAUCAGUGAAAGGAAGAUCAUUCAAAAACUCAGAAAUUAUGCUUCAAAGUCAUGUAAGAUUACUAAGCCUAGUUCUGCCCGGAAGAAGUUGAAAAGGACAGCAUAG